AUCUCCAUUUACAUCAUGCCCCUAAAACGAAGGAAGUCCACGUCAGCAUACUUUAAAUACCCAUUUCUCCGUUUCUUGUCCAAACGGUCACCCGCAGUCAACCCCGCCACUCUUCUCAUGGAAUUGAACAACGACCAGAACAACUUAUCCCCUUCCUCCUCCACCACCUCCACCCCCUCCGCUUUCCGUCCUAUUGCCACCGUCGCCGCCGCCACCACCACCACCACCACCACUACUGAUCCCAUGCAAUCCUGGUGGGAGUCCGUCUCCAAAGCUCGCGCCCGCAUCCUCUCACUCUCUUCCCUCCUUCCUUCCGAUCCAUCCUCUUCCUUUUCUCUUUCUUCUCUCGCUGACUCCGACCGGCCUGCCCUUUCCUUCCUCUCCUCAUUCGAAGCUUAUACACUAUUUUCCUCUGCUCUUUCUUCUCCUUCCUCUGGUUCUGGCUCUGAUCCUCUCUGUCAAUGGCUUUACGAGACCUACCUUUCCUCUGACCCUCAUCUCCGUCUUAUUGUUCUCGCAUUUCUUCCACUUCUCUUAGGCUUAUACCUCUCUCGGAUCCACUCAUCGGAAACUACUUCUACUCCUUCUCUCGCCGGCUUUGAGGCUGUUCUUCUUGCCAUUUACUCUUCCGAGGCAAAAUCACGCGCCGGCAAGCCAGUACUUGUCCAGGUUCCUGAUCUUUCACAGCCCUCGCUUUACCACAGUCCUCGAAACAAGCAAAAUUCACAUGGACUUAAUAGUUCUAAGCAGUCUGUUGGGGUUUUGUCGCCGCCGCUGGAGCCGCAGAUCGCGGUGAAAUCUACAAAACGACCGGUCAUUGUUGGUGUUACACUUGAUUGUUAUUUCAAGCAGAUCUCUCAGAUGCCGAGCUGGUCUAAGGUUGAAUUGUGUAAAUACGCGAGCGAUUGGGCUGGUCAAGAUUGUGCUUGUAAAGAUAAAUUUGAUGUUGACAAAGAAAUUGCAAUUGAAAAUGGAAAUGGAAGGAGUGGUGGAUACUUUUUGGAGGAUAGGAACUUGAGUAAUGGCUAUGGCAAUAAUGGGCAUGAGAUUGAUGAUGUUGUGGAGGAAAUGGAGAAAUUGGGGAUUGAAAGAGAUGUUACAGUGGAUUCAGAGUCAAGGGGGGUGAGGAUUCCAUUGCCUUGGGAGAUUUUGCAGCCAUUGUUAAGGAUCCUGGGACAUUGUUUGUUGGGCCCAAUGAAUCCGGAAGACGUUAAGGAUGCCUCAUCUGUGGCAGUUAGGCGACUGUAUGCAAGGGGGUCUCAUGAUUUGGCACCACAAGUUUUAUUGGCAACAAGGAGCCUUAUUCAGCUUGAUAAGAGAUCUCGGGAGGCUGCAAAGGCCGCAGCAGCAGCUGCCAAUGCUAACACGCCCAGUAAAGCUAAGAAACCAGAAGUUCUUUUGGUUUCUAAAUGAGUGAUUUGCUUGGCAGGUUUCAUGAAGUAUUGGACACGUUUUAAUUAUGAGUUGUAGUUGGUGGUUUUUUGCAACCAGUUUUAUGUUCCUUCUUUGAGGUGGAGUUGAUGAAAUUUUAAACAGCUUGUCGAGUGGGAAUGCUGUCUGAGUGGUACCGGUCACUCUUCCUGGUUGUUCUAAGAGAAUCAAAGCAUACACCAAAAGAAGAAAAUGGUUUCACAAUCAGAAUUCCGAUAACAAGUUGGGAAGUUGGUAAAUGACUAUACAUCGUUCUAUUCAGCUGUUGUAAUUACCAUAUUUAGGAUGUGAACUGUGACCAUGUUUGAUAAGCCGUAGUGGAAUACAAUAUACUACUUCUGUUUCACAA